UAGUCUGUUCUUCCUUCUCCCUGAAUCAUAGCUCAUUAAUUAGAGACCUAUGGGCUGUACACCCUGCAUGACAGCUGGGUAGCCUUUUACACUUUUGUGUGCCUCACACAUUGUCACCUGUUGCCUGAUGAUUUAUAUGUGCCUGUAGCCUGCAAUAACACAUUAAGCACGCAGCAUUGCUCAACUCACAACUGUGAUUCAGGGACUUGGCUUGUAACACGGGUCUUGGUGUACCCUUGCCUGGUUUGCAGGGGGCAGGUGGCAUUCAGGGUAUUCAGAAGCUGUUCAGCCACUGUGUGUAGUUUGUGUCAGCUGAUAAUUUGGGCACUUUCGUGAUAUUGGUGAAACUCCAGUAACUCCAGCUCUAAGUGAGCCCCCUGCCCAUCUUAGGCAUGAGACAUGGCAUCUGUAAAAGUAGCAGUGAGAGUCCGGCCGAUGAACCGCAGGGAAAAGGACCUGGAGGCUAAAUUUAUUAUUGAAAUGGAAGGGAAGAAAACAACAGUUACCAAUACAAAGAUGUCAGAUGGUGUCACAGGAGAUUCUGGGAGAGAGAGGACGAAAACCUUUACGUAUGACUUUUCCUAUUUUUCUGCAGACUGUAAAAGUAGCAACUUUGUGUCUCAAGAAAGGGUUUUUAAAGAUCUUGGCACAGAUGUCCUUAAAUCAGCAUUUGAAGGUUAUAAUGCCUGCAUAUUUGCAUAUGGACAGACUGGUUCUGGGAAGUCCUAUACCAUGAUGGGUAACCCAGGAGAUUCUGGAUUGAUUCCUAGGAUCUGUGAAGGAUUAUUUAGCAGAAUUUCUGAAUCAACAAGAUGGGGUGACGCAUCUUUUAGAACAGAAGUCAGCUAUCUGGAAAUAUAUAAUGAGAGGGUAAGAGACCUGCUUCGAAGAAAAACUUCAAAAACAUUUAAUUUAAGAGUAAGAGAACAUCCGAAAGAAGGUCCAUACGUUGAAGAUUUGUCAAAGCAUUUAGUUCAGAAUUAUAGUGAUGUAGAAGAACUUAUGGAUGAAGGAAACAUCAAUAGAACCACUGCUGCUACUGGAAUGAAUGAUGUUAGCAGUAGAUCUCAUGCUAUUUUUACUAUCAACUUCACUCAGGCUAAAUUUGAUGCUGAAAUGCCUUGUGAAACAGUUAGCAAGAUUCAUUUAGUGGAUCUCGCUGGAAGUGAGAGAGCAGAUGCCACUGGUGCUACGGGGGUGAGAUUAAAGGAAGGAGGAAACAUUAACAAAUCUUUAGUUACUCUGGGAAAUGUAAUAUCUGCCUUAGCUGAUUUAUCUCAGGAUGCAGCCAACCAUCUUGCAAAGAAGAAGCAAGUAUUUGUGCCUUAUAGAGAUUCUGUUUUAACUUGGCUGUUAAAAGACAGCCUUGGAGGUAACUCCAAGACCAUAAUGAUUGCUACUAUUUCGCCUGCUGAUAUUAAUUAUGGAGAAACCUUAAGUACACUUCGCUAUGCAAAUCGAGCCAAAAACAUCAUCAACAAACCCACCAUUAAUGAGGAUGCUAAUGUCAAACUAAUUCGUGAGCUUCGAGCUGAAAUAGCUCGCCUGAAAGCUCUACUCACUCAGGGGAAUCAGAUUGCACUUUUAGAUUCUCCCACAGCUUUAAGUAUGGAAGAGAAGCUGCAGCAGAAUGAAGCACGGGUAGAAGAAUUGACUAAAGAGUGGACAAACAAAUGGAAUGAAACACAAAACAUAUUAAAGGAACAGACUCUGGCUUUAAGGAAAGAAGGUAUUGGGGUCGUGUUGGAUUCUGAGUUGCCUCAUCUCAUUGGCAUUGAUGAUGAUCUCCUUAGCACCGGUAUUAUUUUGUAUCACUUGAAGGAGGGUCGAACAUAUGUUGGAAGAGAAGAUGCUGCAACAGAUCAAGACAUUGUUCUCCAUGGCCUUGAUCUGGAAAGUGAACACUGCAUUUUUGAAAACCUCAAUGGAACUGUAACUUUGCUACCACUAAAUGAAGCUCAGUGUUCUGUAAAUGGAGUACAGAUUGUGGAACCAAUUCAGUUAAAUCAAGGUGCUGUUAUUUUAUUGGGAAGGACCAAUAUGUUUCGCUUUAACCAUCCUAAAGAAGCUGCUAAACUGAGAGAAAAAAGGAAGAUUUCCAACUGCCUCUCUGCAAUUUAUUCUUGGAUGUCUUCACGCUACCUCCAACUUAAUGUGUCCAAAACCGAGCUAAUUCUUCUUCCACCCUCUUCGAGACAUCCAACACCUGACAUUUCUCUGACGGUUCUCAACACCUCACCCCAGAGUGGUCUGCUUUCUUCCUUUAGUCUAUCAAUGACUGAUCUUUCAAAAUCAUGUGAGAAUCUUUCAGCUGUAAUGCUUUAUAAUCCUGGACUGGAAUUUGAAAGACAACAAAGAGAGGAACUGGAAAAACUGGAACAUAAAAGGAAAUUGAUAAAAGAGAUGGAAGAGAAGCAGAGAUUUGAAAAGGCAGAGCUAGAAAAAAUUCAACAAGAAGUUGAAUCUCAACGUAAGGAAACAGAAAUUGUUCAGCUCGAAAUCCGGAAGCAAGAAGAGAGUCUUAAACGUCGUAGUUUGGACAUUGAAAUCAGACUCAAAGACUUAAUAGCAGAAAAAGAAAAGUUCGAAGAAGAAAGAAUGAGAGAACAUCAAGAGAUAGUGCUUCAACAAAAGAAGCACGAAGAAGAGUGUUUUAUAAAAGUCCAAGCAGAACUCCAGAGGCUUCAAGAACUUCAUAAUACUGAAAAGGCUGAAAAAAUGGAGAUAUUUAAAGAGUUAGAAAAACUUAAAAAGGAAAAAGAAGAACAGUAUCUUAAAUUAGAGGUGGAGAAAAGGCGUCUAGGAGAGCAAGAAAGAGAACAACAGGAACUUGUGGUUCGUCUUGAAGAGCAGAUUCGAGAAAAACUAGAAAUGAUACAGCUGCUUAAAAGAGGUGAUUUCUUUAGGCUAGAAGAAGAAAUACGUGUUCUUGAAGAUGUCAGGGAAGAUCUUUUACGUGUAAAGGAAGCUAGAUCUGAAGGGGAAGAAGAUCCUGAGGAGGUGGAAAAAACAACAAGCAGGUACACAGAAUUUAAGAAAACACAAAUGGAGCAACUAUCACGUUUAGUGGGUGAUCUUACCAGACAAAAAGACUCUUUAGAAAGAGAAGUCACUGUGGACCGUGAUAUUCUUGGUAGUAUAAAUCUUUCUAAUGAUCAAAAUUUAGAUCCUCAUAGGAAAGAAGAAUGUCCUCUUGCAACUCUGCCGGGACCUGAAGAACUGGAAUUGAUCAAACAAACCGAAUACAGGCUUCAUUGCAAGGAAAGGGAACUACAAUACAUAACAGAAAACCAUUUACCAACUUUAUUAGAUGAAAAGCAAAGGGCUUCUGAGAUCCUUGACAGUGGUGUUCUUGGACUAGACAAAACUUUAUAUCAAAUCGAAAAAGAAAUUGAGGAAAAGUCUGAUCAGCUUGCACAGUUUAGAGCGAAUAGUGACCAACUGCAACAGCUGCAAGAGACGUUUGAAUUCACAGCUAAUUUUGCUCGUCAGGAGGAAAAAGUCAGAAAAAAAGAAAAAGAGAUUCUUGAAUCAAUAGAGAAACAACACAGAGAUGCCUUAGAACAGGCUGUUGCUAAAUUAGAAAGAAGGCAUUCUGCACUCCAGCGCCAUUCUACUAUAGAUGUUGAAAUUGAAGAGCAAAAACGUAAACUUUCUGCUUUGGACAGUAGUCAAGAACAAGCUGACUUGCAGGCUAGUUUAGAAGCUGAACAGAAGGCAUUGGAGCAAGAAAGGGAGCGAUUAUCUCAUGAAAUUCAGCAACUGAAGCAGAAGAUACAUAUUGCUGAUCCACUUUCAAAAAAUUUGUCAGGAAGCAUGGAAGGAAAAUCAUCUCUUGCCAAUUCCCCUGUAAGCCCAGUGAGAUCUCAGCCGCAUUUGCUCCCAUUGACUGACGAUAGAAUUCAUGCUUUCAUUGAAGAAGAGGUGCGAAGACGGCUACAAGGUAUUAAUCCGCCUUGUGAAGACAUCUACAGCCAUAGUCUCCCUGGCAACGUCAGUGACAAAUUUUUGAAUGGAGCAAUACAAAGAAAACUUAAAUAUGAACGUUUGAUAUCCCGCUCACUAGGAGUAAAUCCAGAUGAUGUAAAUGAUCCAGUCAGAAUAAGUAUUCCUCGCUAUGUUCUUUGUGGACAAGGAAAAGAUGAACAUUACGAAUUUGAAAUCAAGAUAACAGUCUUGGAUGAAACAUGGACGGUGUUCAGACGCUAUAGCCGUUUUAGGGAGAUGCAUAAGACAUUCAAAUUAAAAUACCCAGAGCUUGCUGCAUUGGAAUUUCCUCCAAAGAAGCUCUUUGGCAACAAGGAUGAGCGAGUGAUUGCUGAGCGUAGGUCUCAUUUAGAGAAGUACCUAAGAAGCUUCUUCUCUGUGAUGUUGAAGUCUCCGUCAUCUCCUUUGCAUAUUGAUAAAGUUGGCCUAACACUCUCCAAGCACACUAUCUGCGAAUUCUCACCGUUCUUCAAAAAAGGAGUUUUUGACUACAGUAGUCAUGGAACUGGCUAAGAAAUUUGUGCCUUUUAUGUAAAGACUUUGGAAUCUCAACUAGCACUGUCAUAGGGUUUCUGGAAUUAAAUGAAUAAUGUAAUCAAUAUCUGACCUUUUGUGUAAAAUAAGUAGCAAAUAUUUAAAUGCCAGUAGUAUAUAAUAACAGAAACAAAAUCUCUACAAACUUUACGUGUGAAUAAUAAGAGAUGGAAUGAUUGUAACUUAUUAUUCCAUAAAAUCACAUCUGUUUAGAUAUGCAAUCAACUUUUUGCUGAUGAAGCUAAAGACCGCUGUGUAUAUUCAACAAUUUUAGAAUAUAGAAGUAAUUUAUGGUGACAUUUUAUCUUUAUCUAUAGAAGGCAAAAAUAAUUUUACAUAAAUAGACCAACAAUACCUAGAAAUUUGAAUUUGCUUAGACAAUGGGCUCCAUGUACGAAGCAGAGAAAGCUGCUCUGGAGGCUUUGUGGGGCAGGUUCGCAGAUGCAAACCUGCUUCUGAGGUGGCAAGGGAAAAUCACAGAGAGCUGUGGCGGGCGGACAGCUUCGCGAGUUGAGAAGCUGGCCGGUCGCCGCUUAGUACAUGGAGCCCUAUAGCUUAUUUAUAUUACUCAGGACUGAUUAAGCAAUACACAGCACAUUUUUUUAGGUUGCUUUUUUUGUGCGUUACUUGUACAUAUAUGACAUUAAAGUGUACGGCUCUAUUUUACAAUGAAUUACUGUGUACUAAAACCCACACAUUAAACAUCCCAUUACCAAAGCACUAAUAUGUUUGUUAACUAAACUGUUAUUAUUUGCAAAGACUGUAAAUUUUGUUACUAGUGAUGUUCAAUAUAUGUAGAUAACCCAGUUAAAGGUUGCUAAACAGUAAAAACUAUAAUUGCAUUUUCUGAGCUUGCUAAAUAAUUUAAGCGCUUACCUUACCAUAAAGCAAGCAUACAGCACAAACUCCUGGGAAUUGGUGAUUCACAACAGGUCAAUAUUGUUUGCUGUGCAAACACAAUUUUAUCAACAGUCUUCUAAUGUAUUAGGUUUGUCAUACUGCUAUUUAAUUUAUACUUAAAGCGAUACAAACAUCAGGGGGUUUUAUGGGAGUAUGUUUGAUUACUGUGACAUUUCCUAAUAUCUUCUUUAUAUAUUAAAAGCCCAUUAAUAUAAAGUGUGUUCUGAAUACAUGACUUUUGCAUCCAUAUAUACAUUAUAUAGACUUAAAAAAGUUAUCUAAAUGUAUUCUGUUGCAUAAAGAAAUUUGUUAGCCAA